AUGGUUCUGUCUGAUGAAUUGAAGGAUCUUAAUACAGAUUCUUUGAGCGAUAUUGUUUGGAAGCGGCCUUACACGUCAUGGUCAACGAGGACCACCGAUAUAUCUCGUAGCAAUGCUCCGAGUGUGUCGGAGCCUGUUUCAGGUGUCCACUCUCUGAAAAGCUACCUCUCACAAAUUAAGUUGGGUAUUGAGAGUGCGGAGUUGGAUUCUGAAAGUAACAACUUGAACCAAACCGUGGCUGCCUCUGACGUGUACAGUAUUAAAGCUCCAAGUAAAUACGAACGUAUGAAGAAAUUGGAAAGCAGCUUGUAUGGGAUUCAGUCCAAUGUGGAAUCCAAGCGUAGCAACAUAUUAGAAGAGAUAUAUGAGAAGAUUAACAAUUUAGAAACCAAGAUAGCAGAUAGUGAGAACCAGGAGCGACGUGCCUAUAACGAAACAACUAAGAAGAUUGAUGUGAUUCAGCGUAACGUUGCGAAUGCGAAAUCUAAACAAGAAUCUGAGAUAAAGGAGGCUGUAUUGAAGAUGGAAGCUGUAUAUCAGAGGUUCAAUGAUACGCUUCGUGCUGAGAAAGAACAUUGGAAGAAGCUCGAGCAAGAUGCAAUCAACAACGUGACUAACAGCAUCAAGAGUAUUAGGGAUGAAUUGGAGGAGAUGAAGAAUUCCAAGACCCAGGUAGCAUCGUAUCUGCGAAAGUAUAUCGACACUGAGCUUCCACAACUGAAGGCAAGGAUAGUCGCAGCUGGUGAUGAGAUUGGAAAGAUGGAAAAGACCAUUGCUGAAAAUACCAACGAGGACCUGGUAAUGUUGGCUUCCUUCAUAAAGCAGGAAACUUCGCAACUCAACGACAUCAAGCGUACGGUACUACUUGAAAUUUCACGUAACACUGAGGCUGCCAAGUGUCAACUGGCAAAGGAGUGUGAAGAGCGCAAGCAUAUGCAACAAAGGAUCAUCAAUCUCAUGGAAGAGACACUUAAACGUUUGGGUUCACCUCUCUAG